AUGCAGAGCUCCCUUCCCAGUCCCCCAAUUGACAGCCCACCGAUAGUGCUGGAUUUAUGCACCAAUUUAUCAUCUCCCGCUUGCAACGUGCAGCUGGGAGCAAGAUGGCCCAACUGGUUAGAACGCGAAUUUUCUGACCGGAAGUUCCGUGGUUCGACACCAACCUCUGCCUCUCGAUUUCCCCUGCCUAGGCUUGGGCGACUUGGCAAUAUCCUAGCUCUCGUGCUCCUUUCGGGUAGCAUGGCAUCUAGGCACCGGAAUGGGGUCACAGGUGAACGAUUUUUUCGAAUGUGCAGCUACUUACCCCCCCAAUCAUCGGUGAACGAAACUGCGGCAGCUACUACCAACGUGCGAGUACGCGUUGCUCAGCCAAAUUCCCACCUCGACGCAGCCCUCGACAGUAAACCUGGAACCCCCGACGAAUUCGGAAAUGAGCAAAUGCGUUGUGUCACUCAAGCUUCACGGAGCUCUCCGCCUGCUCUGUUCAUAGAUCCUGAGGAUAAAGCGCUGAUCACUACACCUCAAAAUCGAUAUUGUCACAACCAAACAGAUAUCGACGGUGUUUGUGGUUUGCCAGAGUUUUUCGAUGAUACUACUACCCUGGAAUCAAAAAUCGAUGAACUCUAUAGGCUUAUGGUCGAGUCGGCUUAUACCGUAGUCCAUACGGGAGCCGGCAUCAGUACAUCGGUUGGAAUUCCUGAUUUUCGAGGUCCUAAAGGGGUUUGGACCCUAGAGAAACUAGGAGAGAAACCCACGGUGUCAGUAUCCUUCGAGAAGGCUACGCCUUCUUUAGCUCACUGUAUUCUUGUAGAACUCGAACGGAAAAAUCUGAUCCACUAUCUUAUCACGCAGAAUAUUGAUGGAUUACACUUCCGUUCCGGAUUCCCUCGGAACCGUCUAUCCAUCUUGCAUGGUGACAUGUUUCUUGAAGUGUGUGACACCUGUGGUAGUUUUUUUGCGAGAAGUACUCCGUCAACCACUAUGGGUCUACGUCGGACUGAUGUGUUUUGUACCUACACUAAGCCUUCUGGUCGGGGAUGUAGUCGAGCUGAUCUACAUAUUUGUAUUGGAACAUCUUUGCAAAUGUAUCCAGCAGCAUCCCUACCAUUGCUUCCUCGUCACUCUUCUACCUUCACGUCAGCCUGCAACAAAAUCCGCAAACGUGAUCCUGAAAAUAAUCUUUCUUCACCCCAGUCCAAGCUGGUUAUUAUCAACUUACAGAAAACUAAGCUUUCAAAACGGGCAAAUCUGAAUAUUCAUGCUCCAGCUGACGUGGUUCUCGAUGCGAUCGCAAAGAGGUUCCACUCAGUUGUCUCCUCAACUGUCCCGUCUUCCGAUAUUUUCGUGCCUACGCUUCUUUUGAGGUCAGUUCAUUCCAAACCUAGUGACUCAAUACCUUGGCGGGUUUUCCCUCACCCAACAGCCGGACCUCUCGUUCAAAUACUUGAGUCUCUAGUAUCACCCAAGACAGAGCCUAUACACUCUUUUACAGAUCCCGUCAAAAAGGCAACGGACUAUUCUUUCCACACUAUGAAACAGAUUACAACUUUCCUGCGUGGUACUGGAUGGGCGUUGUAUUUCUUCCUCCUUCUACUGCGCUUCGUCCUUGUCUGGCGUGUUCAACCGGGCUACAUACAUCCUGAUGAAUUUUUUCAGAGCUUAGAGAUUUCUGCCGGUGAUGUUUACGGACUAGAAGUAUUCCGUUCCUGGGAGUUUCUUCCUCAUGGUAGUGGACCCUUGCGAUCAAUUGCUGGCAUUGGACCUAUGGCUCAUCUACCCGUUUGGCUGUACAAACGUUUUUUGGACGGAGUUCGUUUCAUGACCGCGGUAGGAUCUCUCUGGGUCGACCUAUUUGUACUUUUUGGGAGUGCCCAUUUACGCAGUCCUUAUGGACGAAAGCGCCGUUGUUUUCUUUCUGCCUCGCCACCGAUCGCUCUGCUCAUCUAUGCUUCUUGCACAUUCGGUGGUCUCCUAUUUGCCGGAAGAACAAUCGCGAAUGCUUGGGAAACUGCGGCUGCAGCCGCUUUCGGUUUGUUUUCUCUUGUGAUCAUACGCAAAGCCCAAUACAUGGCUCCGACUUCAUACAACUGUGAUGCCAUAUUUAUUUGUAUAUUGAUGUGUUUACAAGCUGCUUUUUCUAUUUGGGCUAUUUUCAUACGUUUUACCUACCCGCUAUUCAUUUUACCUUUGGGUGUUGCAGAAAUAGCUGCUCUUUGGAGAAAAUCCCGUGUGAUUUCAUUGCUUUCCUGUUCGUUUGCUGUCCUGGUUGCUGCACUAAGUCUGCAUCUUUGUCUACUCGUUGACACUGCAUACUACAAGAAUAUAUCCUUCUCUCAGUUGUACUCUAAUUGGUCUCUACCGGAUCUCGUGUGUGUGCCUUGUCGUUUUUUUGCGUACAAUUCUAACUCGAUUCAUCUGGCCGAACACGGACUCCAUCCACGAUACCUUCAUUUGUUGGUUAAUUUACCCCUUAUUAUUGGUCCUGUUGUGGUUCUACUGGCCCUGUGUCCCCCGAAGCAAUUGUUCUCUGUGCACUGUUUGUUUUGGCUAUGUGUCAUCGUCCCACUAGCCAUUUUAUCCACCGUGCCUCAUCAGGAAGCACGAUUUUUGAUGCCACUGAUACCAUUUGUUGCCAUUCUGGCUGGCCACCGGUUAGAAGCUUCACCAAGGAAGGGCAACUUGUUCUAUCUUUGGAGGUCAAAGUGGGGCACAUUUUUCACGUUUUUCUGGUUCAUUCAACAGACCGCUUUGUUGCUUCUGUUCGGUACGCUACAUCAAGGUGGGCUGGUCCGAUACUUCAAAGCCCUUCAACCUCCAGUAUCUACUGACUGCCGAAGCUAUAUUUUCUAUCACACUUACAUGCCACCUCGGUUCCCAUUCGGUCGUUACUCACCAUCAACCCCUGGCAAUCACUGUAACACAGUCACUGACCUGAUGGGCUCGGAUUUGAGCAGACUGAGGCACACCUUACAGCGAUUGCGGGAUUCAAACGCUUUGCCAACUUCCGAACAACUCUUGGCUCAUUUGGUGAUGGAUCCAAACACUCUACCAUUCCAUCUGUUUGCCGUACCAACGAAUUCUUCCCAAUUCGUCGUUAAUAGACAGCCUAAACCGUUCAACCCAUCAGCGCAGACCCAAUCCGUUGCUCCAAAAGUCAACAUUUCAUUCCCGUCUGCAAGCUGCUGUCAACCGAUGGUUAUGGAUCCCGCUUUACCUACCAUCCAUUGGCAACAAGUACCACAGUCCAUGACAAGUCUCGGUUCUGUGAUGACCACAUCAUACUACACUGCGCCUCGUCUACAAAGUACAGUGUUACCAACCCCGUGUCAGCCCCCCACAUCCAAUCAGCAGACAUUACGCAUCCUCUCGGCCGCCUCACUGAACCAACAAGCGUUGACCAAUUCUCGAGGUUGCGUCCUACCACUCGUAGACAAUCGUUGUGCUGAUGCCAAUCCUGGUGCUGGCACAUUCUCAGUUCGCCCACGUUUCCUUAGUCGGAUGCACACAUAUGGAGGAUCUAACAGUGUGACUUUCAGCGUAUUCCUUAUACCCGUUUUCUCACAGUGCUCUCAGCCACCCCGGCAUGUUACACCACCGAUUGCAGCGAAUCCAACAACUACAACAGGCCUCUCUUUGGUCAGCCAUGUGCCCACCGUGAUUACAACAGUCGCCACUACCGAGCAGUCACUGGUUCUGGUUUCACAGAACCGACCGACCGCAAUAUCUCCACGCAAUACUCCGGUGAGCAUAGCGAGUAACCAAAGCCCGCGUGGCAGGCCUAGGAAGAACCCUCACCCCACGCACAUCUUACUACUGUUCAGCGGUAAUUUGUAUGCAUUUUCUUUCUCUCCAUCACCUCUACUCCUCAUGAAGCCGAUGGAUCAGCUAUCUAUUGAAGCUUCAGUGGAAUCUAGUGUACCAUCAGUUUGUAUUGCCUCAUACAAUACUCCCUGUUCUCUUUCUCCUGCGAUAGCCCCUUCUCCGAAGCAACCUGUCUCUGAAACUGCAUCCUUUAGGCACCGUUUGAUGAAAGGGCUCCAAUCACCCAGUUCAUCACCGGUUGCCGUCUCAUCCAGUGGUGUAGAAACCCAGUGUUCAGUGAAACUAACUGGAAAUGCUGUUUUAAUACCCCAUACACAAGUCAACACAGCCGAUGGUAUGAGACGAACUGAGCCAGACCCAGAUGUUCUACACAAUUACAGCUGCACACAAUGCGCUUUUACGGCCUCCCGGUUGGAUCGCGUCCAGAGGCAUAUGAACCGUCGUCACUCGAUCGUUGGUGUGUCACCGCGUCUCGUACCAGCUCAACUGAACACAACUUCUAAUUUUCAGGGGCACCAACACCCUGCACUACAUGCAGCCUAUACUAUCCCGGGACCUGUAAUUAGUACUACACCCUCAGCAUCCUCAGCGAACUGCCCUCAGAUUGUUUCCUCUGUUAGUUUGUCUCCACAAAGACGUGUCCGAAUCCCGCCAAGUAUUCCUCCCGCCUCAACCUCUUCACACGGUGCACCCUAUUUGUCUCUGUCGGUUGACAUGAGCUUUGUACCACAGAUUCGAAAUAUCGUCAGUCUAUCUCCGCACAAGGCUGUCAACGUAACUCCGAUGUCCAAACUACCACCACCCACCAGUUUUUACCGCGAGAUUUUAGGUGUCCGCAUCCCCAUGGACCAAAAUACACCCAGUGUGAUUCCAUUCGGAAGCGAGUGCCUCGUACGAGGUGUGGCUGCACCUCCUGUGGAGGAAGUAUAUGUGAAUCUGGACUCUCCGGACGAUAAGCCCUCACAGGAUGAGCAACCCGUUAUUGCGUCGACUGCAUCAGAGCUCCUUGCUUCACCUUCUCCUUCAAUAUUAAUUCGCCAUGGUGAAGUGCACGGUGUUGUUGCAUCUGGUGUGCAGCACCAACAUGCAAGAUCUAUUACUGAACCCAAUCUCCGACAGCAAAUAGACGUUGAAACCCCUGCACAACCAGCGAGCAAUGCUCCUAUCAUUGCCUACCGAACUCUCUCCAACAGUCCACCUGUCCCAGCUGUGCCUACCCUUCAACUCCAAGAAAAUUCUGCCAGUAUUUCAGUGUCACCAG